CAAAGAGCAAGAUGGCUAGAAGUGUGAUGGUCAGUAGAUGGCGCUGCAGGAACUGCACCACUUGGUCCAAACAACCCUGAAACGAGAAAGCUGGGUUUCAAGUAUUUCGUUACGGAACCGCUGUUUCUAAACGGAUUCACAACAUGGAAGCGCAUAAUGGUGUUACACCAUAACAUGGGUUUACGUUUUUCUCGAUUUCGGAGAUUGCGGAAGUCCCGCAUCUUGAUUCUUGGUCCGGAUGCUGCUGGUAAAACAACGUUGUUGUACCGACUAAAGACCGGUAGAACCGUUACCACUAUCCCGACCAUUGGAUUUAACGUUGAGUCAAUACAGAUUAAACGCACUCAGCUGACGCUUUGGGAUGUGGGUGGUCAAGACAAACUAAGAACACUAUGGAAACAUUACUUUAUUGGUGUCAGUAUUCUCGCAUUUGUAGUUGAUUCCUCCGAUAGGGAUCGAAUAGAGGAAGCCAAUGAGGCAUUACAAGGUGUCUUGAUGGAUCCACUGCUAGACAGUUGCGCCAUUCUUAUCUACGCUAAUAAACAAGACAUGGAAGGAGCUAUGUCAACUAGAGAGAUAACAGAAAAACUUGGUUUGAGCCAGUUUCUCAGCAGGCCUUGGCACGUCCAAUCAUCAUGUGCUUUAACUGGUGAUGGGGUUUAUGAAGGUUUGGACUGGGCGCUAAACCAGGAAAAGUUGCGAAGAAAAAGGAGAAACAAAGCGAUGUCUGAACCACUUCUUUUUUCUAACGUUUUGUAACAACAGCUGGCGGUGAUGUGUUUUCAUCUGUGAUCAAUAAUAAUUGUUACCUGUGCAAAAUACGCCCCACAGACUGCCUGUUUCUCACUUUGACUAAUUUUCACAUUUGCACUACUGGUUGUAAAUCAUUUCAAAAUGUGUCACCAAACUGUGAAAUCACAGGCUCGCGAAAAAGCCAGACAUUGACACAUCAUCACAAAUUUACAUAAUACCACAAGCAAAGCUGUACACUGUGCUUAAUACAUACAUGGAUAUGUAAUUUUUAAGACACGAACAAGCUUACACUGUUAUCAUUUAUUGUAUCUUAAAGUUCAUUGGACUUACUUUAUGAACACUGUAUUAACAUGGCUUCCCGAAACUGAUAUAAGGUGCCGCCCGUUUGAACGGACCUUUGAACAGUGUUAUAGUUUUAUUUGGUACCUAAUUUAUACGUUAUAUGCGUGAUUAUACCUAACAGAAUGACAUAAAGCAGAUAUGAUAACAUUCCACCAACGCAAUGUUACAUAUCGAUGACGAAGCAAAAGCUUUAAAUA